CUUCAACUUUCAAAUCCUUCUCUUCUUCUUCUUUCCUUUCUUCCCAAAAUUAAUUUCUUUAGGGCUCCAAAUCAUUGAGUUCUUGUUAUUGCAAUGGCGGUUUCUUCAUCUAUUAUGAUUUUGUUGUUUGUGAUUUUAAUGGAGUUUUUGUGCUUAGUUCAUGCAAUUCAAUUUUAUGUCGGUGGAGAUGACGGUUGGACCCUUAAGCCAUCGGAGAACUAUAUUCACUGGGCUGAACGAUAUCGCUUUCAAAUCAACGAUGAAAUAGGUACAUUUCUUAUUUUCCUCCAUUAUUUCAAUGUGAAUGUGUAUGAAUUAUUCAAGUACAAGAAAGGGCAUGAUUCGGUACUUGUUGUAAAUGAAAAUGACUAUUCAAAAUGCAACAAAGAAAAUCCAAUAAAAAUAUUGAAAGAUGGUGACUCCAAACUCAAGUUUGAGAAAUCAGGCCCUUUUUUCUUCAUUAGUGGCCAUAACCAAAAUUGUGAGAAGGGGGAGAAGUUCAUUGUCGUUGUUCUUUCCGAUCGCCACCGCAACACCACCCAUAAUGCUCCAUCGCCGACGCCGGAGACACCCCUCAAACCACCGUCCCACUCUCCUUCUCCAUCACCUUUUCCGUCUAUGAACAAACCUCCAACCUCAGCUCCGAUUACUCAUCACUCACCAACUCCUUCACCGGCAGCUAAAUCUCCCACCCACGCGCCGCCGGUCAAGCCACCCUCUCAUACACCAUCUCCAUAUUCGGCGGCUCCAGCACCCAUUACUCACCAUUCGCCAAGCCCUUCCCCAGCUGCUAAAUCUCCCACCUACCACGCGCCGCCGGUCAAGCCGCCAUCUCAUUCUCCAUCCCCAUCUCCGGCGGCCCCAACACCAAUUACUCACCACUCACCAAGCCCUUCCCCAGUAGCUAAAUCUCCCACCCACGCGCCGCCGGUCAAGCCACCAUCUCAUUUGCCAUCCCCAUCUCCGGCGGCCCCAGCUCCUAUUACUCACCACUCACCGACCCCUUCACCAGCAGCCAAAACCCCUUUACACGCGCCGCCAACGCAACCACAUUCUAACUCUCCAGCCCCUUCUCCGGCGGCCGAAUCUACUACACACAUUCCACCAUCUCGUUCGCCAUCACCAUCUUCGCACAAACAUUCGCCACCACCAUCUACUAAAGCUGAAUCGCCAAAGAAACACAGACGGCGCACUUUAGACGGACCUACAUCAUAACCACUAUGCUCUGGUUCAAUUUUUUCUUUCUUUUUGUUUUUUAUGUUGGAUUUAUUUUGAACUUUGAUUUCAAAUUUUUGUAUUUCUUUUUUAAUUCUUGCUUCAAUUUAAGUGAUUAAAAUCCCCUCUACUCUAUAGCAAUUUUUUUUUUUUUUUUAGAAGAUACUGCAACUAUUUCCUUUAAAAACACAUGCAAGUAUUUUAAAUAUCUAUUUUAGUUUUCAUAUUGAGUUUUACCUUUGAUUGCGUGUUAAUUUUAUAAUUUGUUUUUAUUAACACACGUAUAAAUAACAAAGUGACAAUUUGUUGUUAUAUUUGGAGUGAUCAUUGUUAUCGUAACUACAUGGUGUGACGUGUUAUUCAAUCAAUCACGCAUGGAAAAUUGAGAAGAAGAAAAGAAAUACAAUUGAUUUUCUUGUUAAGAAUAAUGGUCAUU